AUGCCUUCCACUUCCUUCUGCGCGGCCCUGUUGACCAGCGGCUUCGCGGUUCGCACAGCGCUCGCCUACACCCAGGUCAACGUCCCGUCCCCUUUCAUGAACAAGAACAUCGAUCCCAUCGUCUUCCCGGGCUCCUACUCAUCCUCCCAUCUGCACUCCUUCUACGGCUCCGAUGGCGUGACCGCUUCGACUACGAAGAGCAGGCAGAUCAAGAAAGACACUUGCACCAAUGCCGAGAACCCGAAUGAUCUGUCCGUCUACUGGACGCCGACUCUACUCUACCAGUCUGGCGAUGACUGGGAGCCCGUUCCGGUGAUGCGCUUCAGCGCUUACUACGGUCUCGGCGACGAGCCAGCGGAGAUCCCUAUCCCCCGCAACCUCAUGAUGCUUGCCGGUAACAGCAAAGCCACCACGCCGGACGAGAUGGUCCCAGAGGCCCACGCCGAGUGGUUCUGCGAAGGCGACGAAGACGCUGGCUCGGAUGCGAACGGGUUCCCUAGUCAAACGUGCUCCACGCACAUGCAGCAGCUGCUCUACUUCCCCAACUGCGUCAACACCGAGACCUUGGAGACUGCCUACAAAGACGGCGAGCCAGGCAGCUACCACGACUGCCCCGCCGGCAUGCAAGCCAUGCCCCAACUCCGCUUCUCCAUCCGCUACGACCUGCGCGAAGUCGUCUCCGGCGGCUGGUCCGGCACCGCGCCCGUCAAGCUCGCCUCCGGCAACGCCUACAGCAGCCACGGCGACUUCAUCAACGGCUGGACGAAAGAAGGCAACGCCAACCUCGUCUUGGCCAUGCAGAGCAAGGACUCGUACAUCUCUGUCAACGGCGACCGCGGCAACGAUGGCGACACCAUGGACUGCGAGGCUGUGGACGCCGAGCCGGAUAUGGGGACGAGCGAUUAUGCGGAGAGUGUGUCGAUGAUGAGCAAGAGGUCUGUGCCGGCUUUGGGGUGGAGCUCGAAGAGCAGGUUUGCCCGCAAGGCUUGA